UCUCUCUCUCUCUCGCACCCAUUCCGAUUCUCCCUCUCUCUUGUUCUUCUCCCCUCAGAGAAUUUCCCGGGAGGAAUCCAUGCCAUGAGUAUCCGCCAGGGUACUCCUCCUCCGGCGCCCGACCCGGAAUCCGAGCCCUACAACAUCAUCCCCGUCCACAACCUCCUCGCCGACCACCCCUCCCUCCGCUUCCCGGAGGUCCGCGCCGCCGCUGCCUCCCUCCGCGCCGUCGGGAACCUCCGCAGGCCCCCUUACGCCCAAUGGCGCCCCCACAUGGACCUCCUCGACUGGCUCGCCCUGUUCUUCGGGUUCCAGUACGACAACGUCCGCAACCAGAGGGAGCACAUCGUCCUCCACCUGGCCAACGCCCAGAUGCGCCUCACCCCUCCCCCCGACAACGUCGACACCCUCGACGCCGCCGUCCUCCGCAAGUUCCGCAAGAAGCUCCUCCUCAAUUACACCAGCUGGUGCUCCUAUCUCGGCAAGAAAUCCAACAUCUGGAUCUCCGACAGCCAGCGCCGCGACUCCGCCGCCGACCAGCGCCGCGAGCUCCUCUACGUCUCCCUCUACCUCCUGAUCUGGGGGGAGGCCGCCAAUCUCAGGUUCGUCCCCGAGUGCCUGUGCUAUAUUUUCCAUAACAUGGCCAUGGAGUUGAAUAAGAUUCUAGAGGAUUAUAUUGAUGAGAGUACCGGGCAGCCUGUAAUGCCCUCCGUUUCGGGGGAGAAUGCCUUCCUCAGCUGUGUUGUGAAGCCGAUUUACGACACCAUUAAGGCUGAGGUUGAGGGCAGCAAGAACGGGACUGCCCCACAUAGUGUGUGGAGGAACUAUGAUGAUAUUAACGAGUACUUUUGGAGCAAGAGGUGCUUUGAGAAGCUCAAGUGGCCUGUUGAUGUUGGGAGCAACUUCUUUGUUACUAGUGGUAAGAGUAAGCAUGUGGGGAAGACUGGCUUUGUGGAGCAGAGGUCCUUCUGGAACUUGUUUAGGAGCUUUGACAAGCUCUGGAUCAUGUUGUUUUUGUUUCUCCAGGCCGCCAUUAUCGUUGCUUGGGAGGAGAGGGAGUAUCCGUGGCAGGCUUUGGAGGAUAGGGAGGUCCAGGUCAAGGUCCUCACUGUGUUUUUCACUUGGAGUGGUCUGAGGUUUUUGCAGUCGUUACUUGAUGUGGGGAUGCAGUAUAGUCUGGUUUCCAGGGAGACUAUGGGGCUCGGAAUCAGGAUGGUCUUCAAGACCAUUGCUGCUGCAGGCUGGAUUGUUGUUUUCGGGGUCUUUUAUGGGAGGAUAUGGACCCAGAGGAACACUGAUAAGCGCUGGUCUCCUGAGGCAGACAGGCGGGUUGUGCAGUUUCUUGUGGUGGGAUUGGUUUUCCUCAUUCCGGAGCUCUUGGCUAUAACCUUCUUUAUUCUUCCUUGGAUUCGCAAUUUCAUGGAGAACUCAAACUGGAGGAUAUUUGAUGCCUUGUCCUGGUGGUUUCAGAGCAAAACUUUUGUUGGACGUGGCUUGAGGGAAGGCCUUGUGGACAAUGUCAAGUACACUCUGUUCUGGAUUUUGGUGCUGUCUACCAAGUUUGCUUUUAGUUACUUCAUGCUGAUUAAACCCAUGAUUGUUCCAUCUAAAGCACUCGUAAAACUUGAUGAUGUGGUGUACGAGUGGUAUCAGCCUUUUAAAAACAGCAACAAGAUGGCGGUGGGAUUGUUGUGGCUUCCUGUCGUCUUGAUAUACCUCAUGGACAUGCAAAUCUGGUAUUCAAUCUACUCCUCAUUUUGGGGGGCAUUGGUCGGGUUGCUUGCGCAUUUGGGUGAGAUUCGAAAUAUCCAACAGCUGAGGCUGAGAUUCCAGUUCUUUGCAAGUGCAAUACAGUUCAAUCUCAUGCCAGAGGAGCAGAUGUUAAAUGCAAGGGGGACACUGAGGAGUAAGUUUAAUGAUGCCAUCCACAGGUUGAAGCUGAGGUAUGGGCUUGGGCGGCCUUAUAAGAAGCUUGAAUCGAACCAGAUCGAAGCAACCAAGUUUGCUUUGAUAUGGAAUGAGAUUAUAUUGAUAUUCAGGGAAGAGGAUUUAGUUUCUGACGGCGAGGUUGAGUUGUUAGAGCUACCACAGAAUUCUUGGAAUGUCAGGGUCAUUCGCUGGCCUUGUUUUCUUCUGUGCAAUGAACUGCUGCUCGCACUCAGUCAGGCCAAAGAGUUAGUAGAUGCUCCUGACAAGUGGCUCUGGUAUAAGAUAUGCAAGAAUGAGUACAGGCGCUGUGCUGUGAUAGAAGCUUAUGAUUGUGUCAAGCACUUGAUACUUGCCAUUAUAAAACCCAACACAGAAGAGCAUUCUAUUGUGACGGUCUUGUUUCAGGAAAUUGAUCACUCUAUUCAGAUUGAGAAGUUCACAAAAACUUUUAAAACCGCUGCCCUUCCACUACUCCAUGCCAAGUUGAUCAAGCUUUCUGAGCUAUUGAUCAAACCUAAGAAAGAUACGAGCCAGGUGGUGAAUACCCUUCAGGCUCUUUAUGAGAUUGCUAUUCGAGAUUUCUUUAAGGAGAAAAGAAGUACUGAACAGCUCUUGGAGGAUGGUUUGGCUCUCCGUGAUCCAUCUUCUGCUGCAGGGCUGCUUUUUGAAAAUGCUGUUGGGUUGCCAGAUCCAAAGGAUGGGUCCUUCUAUCGGCAGGUUCGACGCCUGCACACAAUACUUACCUCUCGGGACUCGAUGCAGAAUAUUCCAUUUAACCUUGAGGCAAGACGCAGAAUUGCCUUCUUUAGUAACUCUCUAUUUAUGAACAUACCUCAUGCUCCACAAGUUGAGAAAAUGAUGGCUUUUAGUGUUCUGACCCCAUACUACAGUGAAGAAGUAUUGUACAGCAGAGAACAACUGCGUACUGAGAAUGAAGAUGGGAUUUCUACCCUGUACUAUCUACAAACAAUUUAUGUUGAUGAGUGGAAGAAUUUCAUGGAGAGGAUGCGUCGAGAAGGAAUAACAAAUGAUGAUGAGAUAUGGACAACAAAGUUGAGGGAGCUCAGGCUUUGGGCAUCUUACAGAGGACAGACACUUACUCGAACCGUAAGGGGGAUGAUGUAUUACUUUCGGGCUCUUAAGAUGUUGGCUUUUCUGGAUUCUGCAUCAGAGAUGGACAUUCGGGAAGGUUCACAAGAACUUGGUUCUAUGAUGCGAGACAUUGGUUUGGAUGGUUUGACCUCAGAUAGGUCACUUUCUUCCAGGAGUUUAAGUAGAACAAGCAGUUGUGUGAACUCAUUGUACAAAGGUCAUGAAGUUGGAACUGCUUUGAUGAAAUAUACAUAUGUGGUUGCAUGCCAGAUUUAUGGAACACAAAAGGCAAAGAAAGAUCCCCACGCUGAUGAAAUUUUGUAUCUGAUGAAAACCAAUGAAGCACUUAGAAUUGCCUAUGUUGAUGAGGUUGCAACUGGCAGGGAUGAGAAGGAAUAUUAUUCUGUUCUUGUCAAGUAUGACAAUCAAUUAGAGAAAGAAGUGGAAAUUUAUCGCAUUAAGUUGCCUGGUCCCUUGAAGCUCGGAGAGGGGAAGCCGGAGAAUCAAAAUCAUGCAAUUAUCUUCACUCGUGGUGAUGCAGUUCAGACUAUUGACAUGAACCAAGACAAUUAUUUUGAGGAGGCACUCAAAAUGCGGAAUUUGUUGGAAGAAUACAGGCGCUAUUAUGGUAUCCGGAAGCCUACGAUCUUGGGGGUAAGGGAGCAUGUCUUUACUGGUUCUGUCUCAUCUCUUGCUUGGUUUAUGUCAGCUCAGGAAACAAGUUUUGUGACAUUGGGACAGCGGGUGUUGGCAAACCCUUUGAAAGUUCGAAUGCAUUACGGUCAUCCAGAUGUCUUUGACCGAUUUUGGUUCUUGACUCGAGGUGGCAUCAGUAAAGCUUCCAGGGUGAUUAACAUCAGUGAAGACAUUUUUGCUGGAUUCAAUUGCACUUUGCGUGGAGGCAAUGUCACCCACCAUGAAUACAUCCAAGUUGGCAAGGGAAGGGAUGUUGGGUUCAACCAAAUAUCCAUGUUUGAGGCCAAGGUUGCUAGUGGAAACGGGGAGCAAGUUCUGAGCAGGGAUGUGUAUCGGUUGGGCCACAGGCUUGAUUUCCUGCGGAUGCUGUCAUACUUUUAUACUACGGUGGGUUUCUUUUUCAACACAAUGAUGGUGAUUUUAACUGUGUACGCAUUUCUAUGGGGCCGGCUUUAUCUGGCUCUCAGUGGUAUUGAAGGUUCUAUAUUGGGGGAUGAUACCAGUAACAGAGCACUUGGUACAGUCUUGAAUCAGCAGUUUAUUAUCCAGCUUGGUCUGUUCACUGCCCUUCCGAUGAUAGUUGAGAAUUCUCUUGAGCAUGGGUUUCUCCAGGCUAUUUGGGAUUUCUUGACAAUGCAGCUCCAGCUUUCUUCAGUUUUCUACACAUUUUCAAUGGGAACUCGUACCCACUAUUUUGGGAGAACCAUUCUUCAUGGUGGGGCAAAAUAUCGAGCAACUGGACGUGGCUUUGUUGUGCAGCACAAGAGUUUUGCAGAGAAUUAUAGACUAUAUGCCCGUAGCCAUUUUGUGAAAGCAAUUGAACUUGGUUUGAUACUUACAGUUUAUGCAGCAUACAGUCCCGUGGCUAAGGACACAUUUGUUUACAUUGCAAUGACCAUCACAAGUUGGUUUAUGGUUUUGUCCUGGUUUAUGGCUCCCUUUGUUUUCAAUCCUUCUGGCUUUGAUUGGUUGAAGACAGUUGAUGAUUUUGACGACUUUAUGAACUGGAUUUGGUAUCGUGGCAGUGUGUUUGCCAAAGCUGAACAAAGCUGGGAAAGAUGGUGGUACGAGGAACAGGAUCAUCUAAGGACAACUGGCAUGUGGGGAAAAUUGCUGGAGAUUAUUUUAGAUCUUCGCUUCUUCUUUUUCCAGUAUGGGAUCGUAUUCCAGCUUGGAAUUGCUGAUAACAGUAAAAGUAUACUUGUUUACUUGUUAUCUUGGAUCUAUGUGUUCCUGGCUUUUGGCAUAUUUCUCGUAAUAGUGUAUGCUCGGGUAAAAUAUGCAGCAAAAGAUCACAUAUACUACCGACUGGUCCAGUUUCUUGUCAUCAAACUUGCAUUACUGGUAAUUGUUGCCCUGUUGGAAUUCACAAACUUCAAGUUCAUGGAUAUAUUCACUAGUCUUCUGGCAUUCAUCCCCACUGGUUGGGGUUUGAUAUUGAUAGCACAAGUAUUCCGGCCCUUACUACAGCGCACUAUACUCUGGGAGAUCAUUGUUUCUGUUGCUCGACUGUAUGACAUAUUGUUCGGGGUGAUUGUGUUGACUCCUGUGGCAGUACUUUCAUGGUUUCCCGGUUUCCAGUCUAUGCAGACUAGGAUACUGUUUAAUGACGCAUUCAGCAGGGGUCUUCGCAUAUUCCAGAUUGUUACAGGGAAAAAGAAGUCCAAGACAGAUUCAUGAUUGAAGGAAUGAUGUAGUUAAUCUCCAGAGGGUGAGAGUUAGAUUUUAGUUCGAACUGUGGAUGCUCUUGUGCGGGUUAGAAGAGGCUGUGGUUGUUCACAUUCGUGUAUGUUCAUUUGUAAGGGCUGUUGGCUGGUUAGCUUGGCUUGAUCUUCCCAAUUCUCGUGACCUGUGUAAUUAGAUUACUUGUUGCUGAUUAGAUAUAUCUGAUGUUCCCCUUUCAAAAAAAAAAAAAAAAGAAGAAGAUAUAUCUGAUGUUGAACUGGGGAGCUUUCAGCAUUGUGCAUAUACAAUUUUGUUUCCGCAUAGUCUCUAUAUUUGACUGUAGAUUAGUCUGGUAGUUGCUCUGAGAUUGUUACAACAUUUGUUUAUUCUUUUGUCAGAAAUGCGGCUUGCCAUUCUUUUGCCA